AUGUCAGAACCUGUGCCAACAGUGUUACCCUUGGAAGUAAUCGAUAAAGCCAUCGGUACUGAAGUCCAUGUGUUGUUAACCAACGACAAAGAGUUCAAAGGAAAGUUGAUUGGGUUCGAUGAUUUCGUCAACAUCGUAUUAGAAGAUGUUACUGAGUAUGAUAACGAUACUGCCAACGAUGGUAAGAUAAAGAAGAUGUUAUUGAACGGAGGUCAAAUCUCCAUGAUCGUUCCAAGUGUUUGA